CAAGAUACAUGAACAAAAGCACUGGACACAUACCUCCACUCUCAUAUGUCGGUGCACAACCCUUUAGUGUACCAAGAUACCCCAAAACAAGGUGUCUCAGGCGAGAUGCAGGGCCCAUUGCUUUUUCCUUGGGACAAUGCGCCAUGUCUGGUCUAGGCCUCCCAUUGUGCUAGCUCCAUCCAUUCAUGUCCCAAUGGAUCUGGAUGGCUUUUUGGAUGAGAAGGAAGCCAUGCCGGUUCAAGGACCUCGCGACCGAAGCACUCACGUACAUAUUUCUCUAGGAGACGAGUGCACUGGAAGAUCAUUCUGGAGUCGAGUCUGGGUCUUGGUAGGUGCCGCAAAGGAUCCAAAAAGGUUCCACACAACCUUCGAUGGUCGGCUUUUCUGCCGAAGCCGAGAUCAGAUUGGAUGGAUCAACAGAUUUCCUUGGGGGCUUGGGAGAACUUCGGUUCCUUUGGCAAAGUCAAAGCGCCGCCGAGCUGGUCGCUGCCCCCCCAGAAAAGGUAAAAAUCACUCACCAUUCGCCGGGCCUUCGCCAUGCCGGCGCCGGGGUUCCGAUUCGGAUGGAGCACGCCCAGAACAAUCGGACCCAGUCGUGGCCAAUGCUCUUCAAUCGGUUGAAGACGAUCCACUGACGCUAGAAUCGAUAGAAUCGAUGAAAAAGUCAACCCCUUAUCCAAGCUUGCAUCAAAUACCUAUCUUAGCGGACACUGCAGCCGAGGGGAAUAUCGUGGAGAAGACCGGAGACGACGACUACGGGGAGAGGGCCGAACGAAUAGAAUUACAAGCCCUCUUUCAGAGCAAGUGAGGAUCCGAGAACGAGACCAAGUCGCCAAGAGAAUGGUGUCUUAGUGUGUGUACGCGCACACACUGUUCCCCAGAAGCAUACCCUGUCCCGGUCAUUCAGCUGCCAAGAUGCCAAAAGCAGGCGGAGUCCUGGACAACCUUGGGAUCAAGGCUUCAGACAUUUGGCGGAUCGAUGGUCUCAGCUCGAACCCUCGAGUUCCAAUUAACAGCAAGGAGGACGGGUUAUAACCUAAAGAACACGGAUUGUACCGAUACGCGAGCCGAAAGAGCCGAUCGUGGCCGAUUGGACAAGAUGAAUGGCUAACGAAUCACACACUAGAAACGACAGCACUGGUUCCAUGCCUUGGGGGAGUAAACAAAUCAGAGA